GCUAGUAACACAGAUUCACAGAAGCAGAUGGCCAAAGGUUAUACACACAUACCACGCAACGCUGGCUGCAUAGAUAACCCGUGUCUGGCUCACCCAUAGACUUAUAGUCUCCAGAUCUUAUAGACGUUCCCCUCCACCGCCUGACAUUGCGUAAACGACAAGAGGGAGGAUCGGUAGAGUUGUUUCAGUGUGUGACUCUGACGUGGUGUCUCUAAUGUAGGCUUGGCUCUGUGUUGGUCCCCUUCCCUCCACUCCACCGCUGGCCUUGUACAACUGUCAUUUCUCGUCGCCCGGGAUUGAGGCGCUGGUCGCGGGUAUGGAUGCCAUGUGGAUACUGCCUCUGCUGUUGGUUCUCCCGGUUCUACUCUGGACCAGUAGCACGUUCGUUUUCUAUUUCAAGAAGUGCUUCUAUGUGGCGUAUAUGAUGCUGCUGGCCGUUAUCGCCAUACCGAUUUGCAUUCUGAAAAGCGGUGGCAGGGACAUUGAGAAUAUGAGAGUCAUCCGCUUCAUGGUGCGUCAUGUGAAGUACUUCCUGGGUUUGCGCUAUGAAGUUAGCGGUUGGCAACAUCUACAGACAGACGGACCGUAUGUCAUCAUCUCCAACCACCAAUCAUCACUCGACGUGUUAGGCGUAAUGGAGGUUCUGCCAGACCGCUGUACGAUGAUCGCCAAGAAGGAGCUGAUCUGGGCAGGAACGGUUGGCAUGAUCUGUUGGCUGGGAGGAAUCGUAUUUAUCAACCGCAAAAAGACCAGCGAUGCCAAAAAUGUCAUGAGUGACGCUGCGAAAACCAUGCUGACUGACCAGAUCCGCUUGUGGGUGUUUCCAGAAGGCACACGAAAUCAGAAAGACAACCUUUUGCCCUUUAAAAAGGGAGCGUUUCAUCUGGCUGUACAAGCACAGGUUCCUAUCAUACCCAUUGUGUUCUCCUCCUACAGUAACUUCUACUUACGAAAAGAGAAAGAGUUCAAAUCAGGAAAAAUCACUCUUAAAAUCCUUCCAAAGAUUGAGACAAAGGGAUUGACAGCAGAUGAUGUAACAUCACUCUCCGACCAAUCACACGCCAUCAUGCGUUCCGCCUUCCAGGAGAUAUCUGGCCAAGCCCCCCAGAGUAACGGGCCGUCCAGUCACUGAACGCUUUUACAUCCUAUUCAUUGCCAUGACAACUAGGAUGGCUUGAAACGCCAUCAUCAUCGUCGUCGUGGUGACGGUAACCAUGACAACCAGGUGCUUUGGUAUCCUCUCCGACGUGAAGCAGGAUUACAUGUCCAAAUACACAAAAAACACAACUACAUACACACGCAUUCACUUGAACACAUGCAGCAGAUGUCAUCAUAGCCUAGUUUCGAUCUCCUGUUGGACUCCAGGGGUGGAAAGUGUUUUUUGGACAAUGACCUUUGACCUUGCCUGGUGCAACAUUUUGUUCCUCUUUGAUUUCGCCUAGGACUGCUUCAAUUGGCGACAGGUUGAAUUUGGAGUGACACCCUGCGAACAUUGCGGAUCUGCGUUCUACUUGCAUGCCUUUUUUCUUUUUUCUUUCUUUCACAAAUCUUCAAGAAGUCGUUUGUUUUGUAGGUCACUUUUCUCUUGCGAUAUGGAAAAUCGCUGACAAACACCUGGGUUUGUUUUAUUUCUUGAUCUUUACAAGUUUUUUUGUUUGUACGGAAGUUUUUAUUGGUUAUCCGUGUAUUUUUCCCGCAACUCAAUGCAGUGGAAAUGCUCAGAGAUGCCCUUUUAUUGUUUUCAAUAACAUUCUGGAUUUAAAGGGAAAUGAUUGACCAAAAAUACGUUUGAAAUCUGAUGCAGCAUUUAACAGACACUCCAGAGAAAAGCUUUCUGUGUUGUAACUUAAACAACAAAGGAAAAUAUGAAGAUUUUGUGCUCCUAUUGUCAUUAGUUCUUUUUCCUUAAAUCUACUUCUCCUAAAAGUGUCGAAAGGUUAGUUCAUAGCGAACUGUUGCCACUAUUUCUAAGUGCAACUUCUUUCCUGUGCCAUGUGUCCAAAGUGUCUCAGCCAUUGGCUGUGUAAUGGUUGACAAUUGUGAAAAACACUGUUGAUUAAUGAUCUGUGAUCAGGAUUGUUUGAUUAGCAUUUGUUUGGUGCUUUGCUCUUUUACUUUCAUAUUUCUUUUUUUGAGGCUAAAGCAUUUGAAAUUUUGACCAAUGAUCAGUACGUAUUUUAUCUAACACAUUAUCUAAAGUAUGGCAUUAUCUAACUGGCCGAUUUAACAAAAAGACAUAUUGCUUUUAAGAGAUUAAGAGUUAUUAUUCAAAGUUUAGAAGCAUUUCUUCUUUUUUUUUUACUCGAAAUCUAAAAAUGUACUCUAUACAAAAUAUGCAAAAACUUUGGGGUAAACAAUAUUUUACAAAUACACAAUAUUUUCACCAAACUUUAGCAUCAAAACCAGCUUUUUCUUCACAAAGGUUUUUAUUUUUUGAUAAUCAAAUACCUGCUUUAAAAUUAUCCCUAGAAAGUAUUAUUAUAACGUAAAAUGUUAAGGUUUCUGUAAGAUUUGUGAGAUAUAAAAAUGUAAGCAUUUAAAGUGCUUCUACCCUGCUGUAGAGAGUACCCACAUGUUCUUGGAUCAGGUUGAGUUUUCAACGCCUGUCUGUAAGCGACUUAAAGGAACAUUCCGGUUUAAAUAAAAGUUAAGCUCAAUCGACAGCAUUUGUGUCAUAACGUUAAUUACAGCAUACAAUUAUUUUGACUCGUCCCUCGUUUUCUUAAAAAAAAAAGCACAAAACUGGGUUACAGUGAAGCACUUACAGUGGAAGUGAAUGGAGGGUUUAAAGGCAGAAAUGUGAAGCUAUAAUUUUUAUAAAAGCACUUACAUUAAUCCUGUUAAAACGUGUGUUUUAUUUGAGCUGUGAAGUUUAAAUCUUCAUUUACCAGGAUUACAGGGUUUAUGGCGUUACGUUGUCAUGGCAACGAAGUUAUAAAAUUGGAUAUAACUUUACACAGAAAAAGUUAGUAAGCAAUUUUAUCACACUAAAUUCGUGUUAACACGCAUUGUUUACGUUUUAUGGUUUUUAGGCGUUACAUCAUCGUGGCAAAAAAAGGUGUAAAAUUGCAUAUAACUUCAACGUCUAUGCAUCUGGAUAACGUCUAAAUGUUUACGGAUUAGCCCCAUUCACUUCUAUAGUAAGUGCCUUAGUGUAACCCAGAUUUGUGCUUUUUUUUUAAAGAAAAGGAGGGAUGAGUUGAAAAUAUUUUUUGUGGUAAUCGACAUUAUGCCACAAAUGCUGUUGAUUGAGCUCAACUUGAACGCGGAAUAUUCCUUUAAACUGUCGAUUGCAUUUACUACCUACUGUAUCAAAAUGUACAAACGUUUUACCAAGAAAAACAACUUUCAGCUUUCAGAGUGACUGAAUAUAGGAUUCCUUUUGUUUUAUAUUUGUGAUACCAAACGAACCACAAAUGAAAAUUAGGUUAUUUGAAAACGUCGUACAUGAUUUAAUUUAACCACUUAUUUAACUCCUAUUUAUUAAACCGGAAUGGAUCAACAACGUAUGGCAGUAAAUUAAUUUAAAUGUUAACAAUGACUUUCAAAGACAUUUUUAAUUGCGUUGCAUUGUUGAAUAUGAUAUUUAAUACUUGAAGUUGCCGUUCUUAUUAUUUGUUAAGAAUGUAUAACUUCCUUUAAUAUGUACAACCUUUAUUUAAGAGGAAUGAAUUGUACAUUUUCAGAAUUUGAUUUAAGCGAAUGUUCGACUAGGAAAAACUAGGCCCUGUAAUUGUUGUUAUUAUUACAAAUAGUAUGAAUUUAAAGAUUGAUGCAAUUGUUGAACCUUUUUAAGUUGUAUAUGCCUUUUUCCAUGUAAUUUUUACCCUGCUGACUGAAAAAACUUGCGUUGUUCAAAAACUGUGUACAAAAUGUACAUAAAAUUGUGUACAAGGUGUUGUGUGAUUUUCACCAAAGCUAUUAAGGAUGUAAAAACCGAUGAAGAUUUUAAAAGCCGAUUAUUCGAUCCUGUUAAACAAACUUAUCAAACAUAUUACGGGCAGCCUUGUGUUCGUGUGUGUGUGUGUACGAGUGUGUGUGUGUGUGUGGUCCGUUGUGUGUUGAAUGUGUUUGUAUGAUGACCAGACACACAACUGAGCUAAAGCCCAUUGUAAAAUCUGUAAAGUCAUAUAAGAUGAUGAUUAUAUAUAAAACUGUCAAUUGUGGUAGAAUGUGGAAACGACCUGUGUAAAGAUGAUCUAGGAAAAAGAGUAAAUAAAAUCCUCUGUUU